CUUCUUAUCUUUCAUUUGCUCCUCCUCCACUCUCUCUUCUCUCUCUCUCUCUCUAAAGUCCAAACCUUUUCCCCUAGCUCAAGCUUCUUCUUCGUUGGUCAUCUUAGCCCACAAAGAGGAACAUAAAGUCUCCACCUUUAGUUGAUCUUUCUGGUGAUUUUUUGGGUUUGUGGAUCCAUGGGUUCUUAUUCAGGUGGAUCCUUAGAUGGGUUUGAUUUCACUAGCGAGUUUGAUAAUUUGCCUGCCUCAAACCAAACCGUAGAUUUAUCUGAUGGGUUCUAUCUAGAUGACCCUCUCUUAAAUUUCGUGUCUUUCGAUCAUUCCUCUGCUCCUCCACCAGAGCCUUAUCCUCAGAAGGAGAACAGUAACAACAACAACGCUGCUGCUGAAACUGCAUCAGGAGAUCGCUUGUCAUCUCCAUCUGAUGACUCUGAGUUCUCUGACUCUGUUCUCAAGUACAUAAGCCAGGUGCUUAUGGAGGAAGACAUGGAAGAGAAGCCUUGUAUGUUUCAUGACGCUUUAGCUCUUCAAGCCGCUGAGAAAUCUCUCUACGAAGCCCUUGGUGAACAGUACCCUUCUUCAAUGGACCAUGGAGCUUCUUACCCUGAGAAGUUAGCUGAAGAUAGCCCUGAUGGUUCUUUCCCAAGUGGUGGUGGUUUUAGUGACUACGCAAGCACCACCACUUCCUCUGAUUCACACUGGAGCCUUGAUGGUUUGGAGAAUAAUAAUAGACCUUCUUGGUUACAGACGCCCUUCCCUAGUAACUUUGUGUUCCAGUCCACUUCUAGGUCCACCAGUGGCGGUAACAGUGCAUCUUUCGGGUCGAGCAUGUUCAAAGACAGUGAACUGGCUAUGCAGUUCAAAAGAGGAGUUGACGAAGCGAGUAAGUUCCUUCCCAAAUCUAGUCAGCUCUUUAUAGACGUUGAGAGUUACGUCCCAAAGAACUCUGGAUUCGACGAAAACACCUCUGAGGUCUUUGUCAAGACAGAGAAGAAGGAUGAGGCAGAGCAUCCUCCUCCUCCUCCUUCCAACAGUAGAUUGACUGGGAAGAAGAAAAGUCACUGGCGCGACGAAGACGAAGACUUGGCUGAAGAAAGAAGCAACAAACAGUCCGCUGUUUACGUCGAAGAAACCGAGCUCUCUGAAAUGUUUGAUAAGAUCUUACUAUGCGGCGGCACCGGGCAGCCUGUGUGCAUUACUGACCAGAAGUUUCCAACAGAGGCAAAGGCUCGUGGAAAGAAAUCAACAGCUACUACUACUAAUAGUAAUAGUAAAGGUUCCAAGAAAGAAACUGCUGAUCUGAGAACUCUCUUGGUACUCUGCGCACAAGCUGUAUCAGUAGAUGAUCGCAGAACCGCCAACGAGAUGCUAAGACAGAUACGAGAGCAUUCCUCUCCUCUAGGCAACGGAUCAGAAAGACUAGCUCAUUAUUUCGCAAACAGUCUCGAAGCGCGGUUAGCUGGGACCGGCACGCAGAUCUACACAGCGUUAUCUUCCAAGAAAACGUCUGCAGCUGAUAUGUUAAAGGCUUACCAGACCUACAUCUCCGUCUGCCCGUUCAAGAAAGCUGCUAUCAUAUUCGCUAACCACAGCAUAAUGCGUCUGACAGCGAACGCCGACACCAUCCACAUCGUGGAUUUUGGGAUCUCUUAUGGCUUUCAGUGGCCUGCUCUGAUCCAUCGCCUCUCGUUCAGACCUGGUGGUCCUCCCAAGCUGAGGAUCACUGGGAUAGAGCUUCCUCAGCGCGGGUUUAGACCGGCUGAGGGAGUUCACGAGACGGGCCUUCGCUUGGCGAGGUACUGUCAGCGUUACAAGGUCCCAUUUGAGUACAACGCGAUAGCUCAGAAGUGGGAAACGAUCAGAGUAGAAGAUUUGAAGAUUGAGCAAGGAGAGUUUGUAGUUGUGAACUCUCUCUUCCGUUUCAAGAACCUUUUGGAUGAGACAGUUGUUGUCAACAGCCCUAGAGACGCGGUUUUGAAGCUGAUAAGGAAAGCGAACCCGAGCGUCUUCAUCCAAGCGGUCCUGAGUGGGUCCUACAACGCGCCGUUCUUUGUGACCAGGUUCAGGGAAGCCUUGUUUCAUUACUCGGCGCUGUUUGACAUGUGCGACUCGAAGCUGGCGAGGGAGGACGAGAUGAGGCUGAUGUUCGAGAAGGAGUUUUACGGGAGGGAGAUUAUGAACGUUGUGGCUUGCGAAGGGACGGAGAGAGUGGAGAGGCCCGAGACUUAUAAGCAGUGGCAGGCGAGGGUGAUACGAGCGGGGUUUAAGCAGCUUCCGCUCGAGAAGGAGCUGAUGCAGAAUCUGAAGCUGAAGAUUGAGAACGGGUAUGAUAAGAAUUUCGAUAUUGAUCAGGACGGGAACUGGUUGCUUCAGGGUUGGAAAGGUAGAAUCGUGUAUGCUUCUUCUGUUUGGGUUCCUUCUUCUUCUUGAUAGAAUGUUCUUUUCUUGUGUACCAAGUAGCUCGGUUGGGUUUUAUGUAGGGAUGGAUUGGUGUUGAGAGUUAGGGUUACUAUUUGUUAUAUGGUUUGUGACAUAGCGUGUGUAAGAGAGUGUAGCGUAAGAGAGAGGAGAGUGUGUACUCUAUGUUCACGCAAUAUUAUGUUGCAUAAAUAAUGGAAAACUAACUUUUUAGAAUG